UGUGAAAUUUUCCUGCAUCAGGUGCUUCCAUCCCGAGGUCACAAGUGUCACUCUCUCCGUGUCAGCCUUGCCCCACGGACAGCCCAGGGAGUGAGGAACAGGAGCAUCUGUGAGCGAGAUAAUGGACUUGGAUGUGCUCCUAUGAAGAAACGUCAUGUGUCUCUGCUAGUCCAAGAACAAACAUGUCCAGACUACUGCCACCUUAGGGAACAGGUGUGCUGCCAGGUGACAGCACUUCCCGGGGAAUCAGGUGUGGUCUGACCCAGGAACAGGAAGCUUGUCAUCACCAAUGACAUCAUGACAGCAAGAGAGCAGAGCCCUCGCCAUGGCACCAGGGCCCGUGCGAUGCAGCGGGCUUCCACCAUUGAUGUGGCAGCUGACAUGCUUGGCCUCUCUCUGGCAGGAAACCUGCAAGAUCCAGAUGAGCCCAUUUUAGAAUUCAGCUUAGCUUGCAGUGAGCUGCAUACUCCGUCGCUAGAUCGGAAACCAAAUAGUUUUGUAGCAGUGAGUGUGACCACCCCUCCUCAGGCUUUCUGGACGAAGCACGCUCAGACCGAGGUCAUUGAGGGAACCAACAAUCCUAUAUUUUUAAGCAGUAUCGCCUUUUUCCAAGACUCCCUUAUCAAUCAGAUGACACAAAUCAAACUCUCCGUGUAUGACGUCAAAGACAGAUCUCAGGGAACAAUGUAUUUGCUGGGCUCUGGAACAUUUAUUGUCAAGGAUCUGCUCCAGGACAGGCAUCACCGGUUGCAUUUAACACUAAGGUCUGCUGAGAGUGACCGUGUGGGCAACAUCACCGUGAUCGGCUGGCAGAUGGAGGAGAAGUCAGACCAGAGGCCUCCGGUGACCCGGUCUCUGGACACAGUCAAUGGCAGGAUGGUCCUGCCCGUUGAUGAGAGCUUGACCGAGGCAUUGGGGGUCCGAUCCAAGUAUGCCUCAUUGCGGAAAGACACUUUGCUGAAGUCAGUGUUUGGAGGUGCCAUUUGCCGCAUGUACCGCUUCCCCACCACCGAUGGCAACCACCUGCGGAUCCUGGAGCAGAUGGCAGAGAGUGUGCUCUCCCUGCAUGUGCCCCGGCAGUUCGUGAAGCUCCUGUUGGAGGAAGACGCGGCCAGAGUGUGUGAACUGGAGGAGCUGGGCGAGCUAUCCCCCUGCUGGGAGAGCCUCCGGCGCCAGAUCGUCACUCAGUACCAGACCAUCAUCCUCACGUACCAGGAGAACCUGACUGACCUCCAUCAGUACCGAGGUCCUUCGUUUAAAGCAAGCAGUUUGAAAGCAGAUAAAAAGUUGGAAUUUGUUCCCACAAACCUGCACAUACAGAGGAUGAGAGUUCAAGAUGACGGGGGAUCAGAUCAGAGCUAUGACAUCGUUACCAUCGGGGCACCCGCAGCACACUGCCAGGGCUUUAAGUCAGGAGGCCUCCGCAAAAAGCUGCACAAGUUCGAAGAGACCAAGAAACACACGUCUUCCGGCUACCAGUCCAUCAUCUACACACCACAGGAUGUCAUCAGAGCCAAGGAGAUCAUCGCCCAGAUCAACACCCUAAAGACCCAAGUGGGCUACUACGCAGAGCGGGUCUCGAGGGCAGCCAGGGACAGAUCUGCCACCGGGCUCGAGAGGACACUAGCCAUCUUGGCAGACAAGACCCGGCAGCUGGUCACUGUGUGCGACUGCAAGCUGCUGGCCAACUCCAUCCAUGGGCUGAACGCCGCGCGGCCUGAUUAUAUUGCCUCCAAGGCCUCCCCCACCUCGACGGAGGAGGAGCAGGUGAUGCUCAGGAACGACCAAGACACCCUCAUGGCCAGGUGGACAGGCAGGAACAGCCGGUCUUCUCUGCAGGUGGACUGGCAUGAGGAGGAGUGGGAGAAAGUGUGGCUGAAUGUCGACAAGAGCCUGGAGUGCAUUGUCCAGCGGGUGGACAAGCUGCUGCAGAAGGAGCGCCUGCAUGGCGAGGGCUGUGAGGAUGCCUCCCCCUGCACUAGCAGCGGCUCCAGCAAGAAAGGUAACCCAGACAGCCACGCCUACUGGAUCAGACCGGAGCGCCCCUUCUGCGAUACCCCCUCCUCACCGUGCCCCUCCACCACGCCCUCUGCUGCAUGCCAUCCUCACCUGACCACACAUUGCAGCCCCCCUCCUGAAGAGGCCAGCCCAGGUGAAUGGAGCGAGGCCCUGUACCCCCUGCUGACCACGCUCACGGACUGCGUGGUCAUGAUGAGUGACAAGGCCAAGAAGGCGAUGGUCUUCCUGCUCAUGCAGGACCGCGCGCCCACCAUAGCUGCCUGCCUGAGCCUGCAGCACCGCCGCGACGUGGUCUUCUGCCAGACCCUGACUGCGCUCAUCUGUGGCUUUGUCAUCAAGCUGAGGAACUGCCUUCACGACGACGGCUUCCUGCGGCAGCUCCACACCAUCGGGCUGCUUGCCCAGUUUGAGAGCCUGCUGAGCACCUACGGUGAGGAGCUGGCCAUGCUGGAAGACAUGAGCCUUGGAAUCAUGGACUUGAGGAACGUGACUUUCAAAGUCACUCAGGCCACUUCCAGUGCGUCGGCCGACAUGCUGCCUGUCAUCACAGGAAACCGGGAUGGGUUUAACGUGCGGAUCCCCCUGCCUGGCGCCCUGUUCGAUGCACUGCCCCGUGAGAUCCAGAGCGGCAUGCUGCUGCGUGUGCAGCCUGUGCUCUUCAAUGUGGGCAUCAACGAGCAGCAGACUCUGGCCGAGAGGUUUGGCGAUACAUCUUUACAAGAAGUUAUCAACAUGGAGAGUUUAGUGCGUUUAAAUUCCUACUUCGAGCAGUUUAAGGAAGUUUUGCCUGAGGAUUGCCUACCCCGGUCCCGGAGCCAGACAUGCCUGCCUGAGCUGCUGCGGUUUCUGGGCCAGAACGUCCAUGCCAGGAAGAACAAGAACGUGGACAUCCUCUGGCAAGCCGCUGAGAUCUGCCGCCGCCUUAAUGGAGUCCGAUUCACCAGCUGCAAGAGCGCCAAAGACCGUACCGCCAUGUCGGUGACGCUGGAGCAGUGCCUGAUUCUGCAGCACGAGCAUGGCAUGGCCCCGCAGGUCUUUACCCAGGCCCUGGAGUGCAUGCGCAGUGAGGGUUGUCGAAGAGAAAAUACAAUGAAGAAUGUUGGAAGUCGCAAAUAUGCAUUUAAUUCCUUGCAGCUGAAGGCUUUCCCCAAGCAUUACAGGCCUCCCGAAGGGACUUACGGCAAGGUUGAAACUUGAACACGCGGUUCCUCUAAUUAGCUGUCACAUAACAAAUGUGGGUACCCUCAAUGUCAUAUAUGAAUUCUUCAAGAAGACCUGAAGGAUUGGUUUUUAUUUUUGUGUUUUUAAAAAUAUUUCACUAAAGAUUCUAUGGAGCAUGUCCUCCCCCACCCCCACCCCUGCCCUGUUGGGACCAGUAGGAGGUGACAUUUGUCUCAAUAGUGUGGAUGGUAACCAUGGCUCAUUGAAACAGCCUGCACACAGAACUGCACAGAUGGCAUCGGGAGUCACCUGUAUGCAUCGAGCUAGGUUGCUCUGAAAUGCUAGAAGACUUUUUUAAAUGCCCACUUAGGCAGUUGCUCACCUAACCUAUUUUUCUACUGAGUAACUCAGGAUUGAGCAUUGAAUUACAAUCUACUUUUUAAAAAUCUUAGUGUAAAACAGUAAAUAAACAAUUGCAUCCUGAACAGACCAAUAAAUGUUAAAUGUUAACUCAAGUUUUGGGGAAAGAAGCCAGCUCUGUCUCAUGCAGUAAAAGCAGGUGGUCCUAGUGAAUUAUCUGUGACAGCACAGGUGAUGCCAGAAGUUGAAGGAAGGGUUAAAAAAUCAGCCCGAGAUAAGACUUUAUUAGAAGAUAACACCUGCAAAGCUACCCACCCAAUGGGGGCCACUUUGGACCCUUAGUCACAGAGCAAGGUGCCUCCUGUCCUCUUAAGCUCCAGGUCUAGUCCCACCUGCCCCAGGGCGCACCUCCUCCUCUCUGGACAUUAAGUUAGGGUCCUCCAGGACCUCACUGUUGAGGUUUGCCCAUGGAGGUGAUGGAACCCUAAACCUCCUCAGAACAGAUGUCCUUCUGUGGGCUUCCCGGCCUGUCGUAUUCUGAAAGAUAAUGCAAUCACGUUUGAAUGUCUGAUGAAAGUAACUUUAAGUUUGCAAUAAUUGUUAAGAUUCUCAUUUUUCUCUGUAAGGUGACUAUUGAGAAAGUUUAAUUUAGCUCCUAAAAUGAGAUUUUGAAAGAGAUUAGUGGGCCAUAAAACUUAGGGAUUUCAUAGAAAACUGUCUGGUCAUCUAUUAUAAGGUGACGAGUCUUAUCUGCACAUAGCAGAGUUUUGUUUUUUUGUUUUUUUUUGGUUGAUAUGUUUUAUCAAUUCUGUUUAUCAUGAUGAUGAUGUUUACAUGUUAUUUAAAAGGCUGUAAAAGAAAUCUAUGUGGCGUCUAUUCAUGACGCUGAUCCUGACUGGUGAACCCUUAGGAAAUUCCCAUGUCUAAAAUUCUGGGUGUUAUUCUUCAGGCUCCUUUAGAAGUGCUACUUGGAAACGUACCAAAUUUGGGUCUGGGUUGCUGAGGCACAGGCAAGACCACUCCAUGGCAGAGACACAGAGGGGUGAGCAGCAGGUGAGAGUGGAACUGGCUAACCUUCCAGGCCCUUCCUACUUGGAAGUCAGUGCACAGACUGAGUCUGCUGUCUCCUAGGCCCCAUGGGGCAGUCCCCACUGGUCAAGUGUGAGCUGGUGUGGAGGGUGCAUCUGUGAGGCUCAGUUGCAGCUCACUCUCUGUCACAGUUUGGUUCACUGUGGUCACUGUGGAGGGUGGCAGCAGAGAAGUCAUGUCCAGCAAACCCCCUGAGGAGGUGGCGGCAGCUGGUGGUGGGUUCUCUUUUUGCCAGUCCCUGUUCAAAGACAGUUUCCAGUGUGGCUGAUUUAGCCUUUCACCUCUCCACCGUUUCAUUUAAUUUGUAAUUUUUCUACUAUCUUUUAUAUUUCCAUCUUUUCUCAUUUUAACAUCACUACUUUUUAAAAUAUCCCCUUGUCUUUUUAAAUGUCACCCAUAUUGUUUUCAGAAUUUUUUUUUUUUUUGGUCUAAAGACCAUUAAAUGCUGGCAUUUAUUGAAAGGGAAUUUAGCAAAUGUUGACCCAACCGUCAGCAAUUUUGCAUGUGGCAACUUUAUGUGAAUUAUGUUCCCAAUUUUGGCUUUAUAGUAUGGAUCACCAUAAAACUCUAAGACUUGGCUAAUCGUAUAGAAAAUAUUCAGGUUUCAGUGUUCUGAGUAUUGCUGGGCUCCUGUGUGACAAGUCUCACCACAUCACACAUCACCACGCCUGCUGAGCGAGGCGAAUGGUCGUGGUGGCUCCACAGCUCAUGUGGGAGCUUUGAGUUUUUGGUUGUACAAGGAAGGCAGUUUUACAGGUCACCACAAAUAGAGGUUCCGUCCAGGGUUCCUUAUAAGGCCCCCAGUGCAUAAGAAACGUUGAGGCAGACUGGAAACCAGGGCGCACUGUGGGUCCUGUCAAAGCACCUGCAGUCCAGCUGCCGUUGGUUUCCUUGAAAAUGUACAAAUGUUGUAUGAUACAGUUUCAUCCUCACGCAGUUGUAUCUGCCAAGCCUAGUCCAUUAAGGUACUUUUAUUUAUUUGUUUGGGGCAGUAUUAAUAUAUGUAUAAACAUGUAGUUACUGUUUUAUAUAUUCUUAGCUCAUUCAAAGCCAUGUAUGCUGUAAAUGUGCUAGUCUCUAGAAGGACAAAUAAUAAAUAACUGACCAGAAUAUUAAA